CUCGAAAUCCAAGCACAAGUCAUUCAUUCAUGCCUCACGUUAUCCGAAUAAUACUGAUCUCCUAAAUCCCACUUUCGUUAAAUUUUCUUCAUUCAGUACUGCUGAACUGAGUCGAUCGCUGUCAGGAUGGGCCACCUGCUGAUGCGAGGAUGGAUCCUCGCCUCGUUAUUGCUGCAAACCAGCAUCGCCAUGACAGUUGCGAUUGAGCCAGCAGCUGCGACUGCUACCACUACUUCAUCUGUCCUUGCCCAGCCGCAGGCCUUGCACACCGAGUUAUUCAUCUUCUGUUCCUUCUUCGAAGGCAGCAACACCCACCCCAUCAAUCAUCGUGGUGCCCUCAUCAAGUGCAGUUUCCUCACCCUCUACUUCGCCAGUAAAGGAGUCGCCAACUCCCAGUUCAAGGCCGGCACCAAGUCGCUCGGCGGCUCCCCACCCGCAUUGGAGCUAUCGAAGCCAGUGCUCGGCUUCAUCCGGAGCUAUCCCGAGCUCUUCACUCCCUGUUUCCGUACUCUCACAGAUCACAUCCAGCGCAGUUCCUGCGCCAACUACUGUUCGGACCAGCCUUACCCAGAUGGAUCUUUCCACAUCCUUGUUAGCUGCAACAGUCACCGACUCUUCCAUGCUGCAGUGGACCACGUCGGCAGUUCUCUCUACCCAACCACCUCUGUGACAACGGAGACCAUUGUGGUGUCCACCACAAUAUGCCCAGUCACCGAGGCCGCUGUCUUGCCGACAGUAACGGACAGUACGGCCAACAAGGGUCAUGGUAGUGGUGGGCUGGACUUCACAACCUCUACGGUUUUCAGCACUCGCACUGCUACCAUAACUGCUUGCCCUUCCUCGGUAACGAACUGCCCGCUCAGGUCGAAAACAACCUAUGUGACUACCGAGACCUUAGUAGUCUCUACCACUGUGUGCCCCGUAGCUGACAGCACUGGUAGCAGUGGUGCCAUGAUUACCGAGACCGCACAUCCUCCUUCGGCUACCGUGGCUGUUGGUAACAGCGGGGGUAGCAUGGGUAAUUCUGACAUUACCACUUCGACGAUUUUGAGCACUCGUAUCAUUACCGUGACUGCAUGUCCUUCUUCUGUGACAAAUUGUCCCUUGAGGUCAAAGACAACUUAUGCGAGCACUGAGACGCUUGUUGUCGGCACAACUGUGUACUCAGUCCCCAAGAUCACAAGCACCAGGGCGAACGGUUCUCUGCCAUCCGCCGCAGGAGCAUCCGAGGUCGGACCAUCGCUCACCACCUCUACCAUACUGAGCACCCGCAUUGCAACAGUCGCGGGCUGCACUGGAGAUAACUGCAGUGGCUCUCCACCCGGAAGCGGUUAUGUCACGUCGGAGACCUUCGUUGUAGCAACGACCGUCUACAGCGUAUAUCCAGAUCACACAUCCGUUCCGGUCGAAGGUGUUGAUGCUGUGACUGUUACUACGACUUCUGUUGCAAACCACCAAGCUAGCAGCUCAUCCGGUAGCACCCCUAAUUUUGUGUCAUCUGGAUCGCACUCCAUCUCUGCUGGCGACUCUACCUCUCAGGGUACAGGGUCAAGCGCAGGCUCAAGCGCGGGCAUGGGUGCGGAAUCAGAUGUGGGCUCUGCUGCAGACUCCAGCGCAGUGCCCAAUGCCAGUUCAGGUGCAGACAGAGCCGCAGUCUACACCACUACGAUUACUGUCGAAUCAUGCUCCAAUGACGGAACCUGUACCGAAUACGGCACUACCAUCACAAUGGCCCAGACCUCCAACGUUGUUCAGCCCACCGUGUCUGCCUCUCCGUAUUCGUACACCCCAUACCCAGGCUCAGGGUCAGGAUGGAACCAGACUGCUCCCGCCUCUUCAGCACAUGCAUGGCCCCAGAGCAGUCACCAAGCUGGCAUGAGCACGGCCGUGACUACUAGCACAAGAAGUGCAAGCGCGGUUAGCGCAUUUUAUACCGGGGGUGCUUCUGCAGGUAUUCGGUGGUCAUUGCUGCAGGUGGUCGGAACGGCGAUGGCGAUGCUUUGGACUACCUUUGUGUAG